UUUUCCGGUGGCUCUCGCCAUUGUGGGUGUUGCGGUUGCUUCGUACGUGGAUCGAAGCAAAACUAGCAAAAAUGGUGAACUUUACUGUAGCCGAGAUCCGUAACCUUAUGGAUCUCAAGAAGAACAUCCGGAACAUGUCCGUGAUCGCCCACGUCGACCACGGCAAGUCGACGCUCACGGACUCGCUGGUGGCCAAGGCCGGCAUCGUGGCGGCGGCCAAGGCCGGUGAGACCCGCUUCACCGACACCAGGAAGGACGAGCAGGAGCGCUGCAUCACCAUCAAGUCGACGGCCAUCUCCCUCUUCUUCAACUUGGAGCCCAAGGAUGUGCCAUUCAUCCAGGGCGACACGCAGAAGGAGAAGGACAACGACGGCUUCCUCAUCAACCUGAUCGACUCCCCCGGCCACGUCGACUUCUCGUCGGAGGUGACGGCCGCGCUGCGUGUCACCGACGGCGCCCUGGUCGUCGUCGACUGCGUGUCCGGUGUGUGCGUGCAGACGGAGACGGUGCUGCGCCAGGCGAUCGCCGAGCGCAUCAAGCCGGUGCUGUUCAUGAACAAGAUGGACCGUGCCCUGCUGGAGCUGCAGCUGGAGCAGGAGGACCUGUACCAGACCUUCCAGCGCAUCGUGGAGAGCGUCAACGUCAUCAUCGCCACGUACUCGGACGAGGACGGACCGAUGGGCAACAUCCAGGUCCACCCCUCUCGUGGCUCAGUUGGAUUCGGCUCCGGCCUGCACGGCUGGGCCUACACUCUGAAACAGUUCGCCGAGAUGUACGCGGACAAGUUCAAGAUCGAUCCGGUCAAGCUCAUGCCCAAACUGUGGGGUGACAACUUCUUCAACAUGAAGAGCAAGAAGUGGCAGAAGAGCAAGGAGGCUGACAACAACCGCUCGUUCAACCAGUUUGUGCUCGACCCCAUCUACAAGGUGUUCGAUGCUGUGAUGAACUUCAAGAAGGACGACACUGAGAAGCUCCUCGGAGCCCUGAAGAUCACGCUCAAGGGCGACGACAAGGAGAAGGAGGGCAAGGCGCUGCUGAAGGUGAUCAUGCGCACGUGGCUGCCAGCUGGCGACACCCUGCUGCAGAUGAUUGCUAUCCACCUGCCGUCGCCGGUGACGGCCCAAAAGUACCGCAUGGAGAUGCUGUACGAGGGCCCGCAAGACGACGAGGCGGCGCGCGGCAUCAAGGCGUGCGACGCCGACGGCCCGCUCAUGAUGUACGUCUCGAAGAUGGUGCCGACCUCGGACAAGGGCCGCUUCUACGCGUUCGGCCGCGUGUUCUCCGGCAAGAUCGCCUCCGGACUGAAGUGCAAGAUCAUGGGCCCCAACUUCGUGCCUGGCAAGAAGGAGGACUGCACUGAGAAGACCAUCCAGCGCACCAUUCUCAUGAUGGGCCGCUACACCGAGGCCAUCGAGGACGUGCCCUGCGGCAACAUCUGCGGCCUGGUCGGCGUCGACCAGUUCCUGGUCAAGACCGGCACCCUCACCACCUUCCGCGAGGCCCACAACAUGAAGGUGAUGAAGUUCUCCGUGUCGCCCGUCGUGCGCGUGGCCGUCGAGGCCAAGAACCCGUCCGACCUGCCCAAGCUGGUGGAGGGCCUGAAGCGUCUGGCCAAGUCGGACCCCAUGGUGCAGUGCAUCAUCGAGGAGUCUGGCGAGCACAUCAUCGCGGGUGCCGGCGAGCUGCAUCUGGAGAUCUGCCUCAAGGACCUGGAGGAGGACCAUGCCUGCAUCCCGCUCAAGAAGUCGGACCCGGUCGUGUCCUACCGCGAGACGGUCAGCGACGAGAGCAGCGAGAUGUGCCUCUCGAAGUCGCCCAACAAGCACAACCGGCUGUUCAUGAAGGCCUGCCCCAUGCCCGACGGUCUGCCGGAGGACAUCGACAACAACGACGUCAGCCCACGCGCCGACUUCAAGGUGCGCGGCCGCUACCUGGCCGACAAGUACGACUACGACAUCACCGAGGCCAGGAAGAUCUGGUGCUUCGGACCCGACGGCACCGGGCCCAACAUCCUGGUCGACUGCACCAAGGGAGUCCAGUACCUCAACGAGAUAAAGGAUUCCGUUGUCGCCGGCUUCCAGUGGGCCACCAAGGAGGGAGUGAUGUGCGAGGAGAACAUGCGCGGCGUGCGCUUUAACAUCCACGACGUGACGCUUCACGCGGACGCCAUCCACCGCGGCGGCGGCCAGAUCAUCCCGACGGCGCGCCGCGUGCUGUACGCCUCUCAGCUGCUCGGCGCGCCGCGCCUCAUGGAGCCCGUCUACCUCUGCGAGAUCCAGUGUCCGGAGGCAGCCGUCGGCGGCAUCUACGGCGUGCUCAACCGCCGGCGCGGUAUCGUGUUCGAGGAGAUGCAGGUGCCCGGCACGCCCAUGUUCGUGGUCAAGGCGCAUCUGCCCGUAAACGAGUCGUUCGGCUUCACGGCCGACCUGCGCAGCAACACCGGCGGCCAGGCGUUCCCGCAGUGCGUGUUCGACCACUGGCAGAUCCUGCCGGGCGACCCAACUGACGCCGGCUCCAAGCCGUACAACGUCGUGCAGGACACGAGGAAGCGGAAGGGCAUGAAGGAGGGCCUGCCCGACAUCUCCAACUACUUCGACAAGUUGUAAAACACCCACCAGGACCGCAAGAACGCUAGGCCUUUGCUUCAUAUUUAAAUAUUUUAUUAUGAUCCCAGCUUGUAUAUUGUUUUACAUGCGGUGAGGGCGGUGGCACGGAGCAGCAUGUCCGGGAAAGAACUCAAGAACUCAAUUCCACUGGGUGAUAAUAAACGGAUCCAACAUCUUCCUGAGGGGAAA